UCCACACCGCAGAAGCAAUCGGGCAGUGCAGCGGCAUCUUUUCUCCACCUCCCACCCACGCACCAAAUUACCAUCCUACCCUCCUCCCAGGAUCUUCCCCCCGUCCCUUCCUCCGGCUCCGCCGGUAUAAACCCACCGACGAGGCGAGCGGAUUCCCCCCCUCCCUCCCUUCGCCAACAGCACGCAACCAGCAGCAGCAGCAGCAGUCCAGGUCCAGGGAGGAGAACGUACGCGUACGGAGGGAGGGUGGGUCUCGCGUCGACUGCCCGGCGGGCGAUGAUGGCGCGGAAGGAGGACCACCAGCAGCAGCAGCAGCAGCUGCGGGCGCUGGCGGCGAGGGCCGUCACCGACUCGCUCCGCGCCGCGGCGUCGCGGUGCUCGGCCGCCGACCGCGCCGCGCGCUUCCGGGACUGCGUACGCAGCCUCGAGGCCGAGAAGGCCAAGAUGGAGGUCUUCCGACGGGAGCUCCCCAUCAGCGUCCACCUCGUCGCAGACGUCAUCCAGUGGCUCAAGGACGAGCUCGCGCAGGCGCAGCACCGCCGCCACCCUCCGCCGCCGCCGCCGUCGGACCUCUUCGCGCCUGCCACCACCGAAGCGGCGGCGGCGCCCGCUCCACCGCCGCAGACGCAGGCACAGGCACAGGACGGAGCCGCCGUCAAGGCGGAUGACGCCGAGGCGGACGCCAACGACAAGCGGAGCUGGAUGAGCUCCGCGCAGCUCUGGAGCUGCGGCAGCCACGACGACAGCACCGCCAACACCAAUGGCGUCGCCGCCGCCGCCCACAGCAAGGUGUCCACCGCGUUCAUGCCGACACUGGCCAGCCCACCGACGCUGGCGAGAUCACCCGUCGACGCGGCGUGUAAGCUCGCCGGCGCCACGCCGGUCCCGGACCUGUCCCUGUCGCCCCCGCCGUCUUCUGCCGCCGCAGCUCCGAGCGCCACCAGCAGCGCCGUCACGGACGCCGACAGAGCGCAGCGCCAGCACCAGCAGGCGCAGGCGCAGCAGCAGAGGAAGGCCAGGAGGUGCUGGUCGCCCGAGCUGCACCGCCGGUUCGUCGCCGCCCUGCAGCGGCUCGGCGGCGCUCAAGUUGCGACGCCAAAGCAGAUCAGGGAGCUGAUGAAGGUGGACGGGCUCACCAACGACGAGGUCAAGAGCCACCUGCAGAAAUACAGGCUGCACACGCGGCGCGCGUCGUCGGACGUCGGCGGCGGCGACCAUCUGGCGGCCGCAGCCGUGGGCGGGCUGUGGUCGUCGUCGGGGGCGGCGGAGCAGCAGUACGCGACGUCGCAGCACAGCACGUCGCAGUCGCAGUCCGGCUCGCCGCAGGGGCCCCUGCAGCUGACGACGGUGUCGAGCAGAGCUAUGUCGGCCACCGCCGGGGACAGCUGCGACGGCGACGGCGACGAGGCCGAGGGCGGCGGCAGGUCGGAGAGCUACGGCUGGGAGAUGCAGCAGCAGCAGCAGCAGCAGCAUGGGACAAAGGCAUCGUCGUCGUCUUGAUGAAAUGAUGAUCCUUGUUCUUCCUUGGACUGGAUCACGAAUUCACGAUUCACAGCAGUAUAGACGAGGACACUGCGGAUGAGGCAUUUUUUGUACAGCCGUUGAGAGGAAUUUUUUCCCCCCUUCGAUCCAUUUUCUUGCAGCAGAGGGAGGAGGAUGUGAUGAACUGAUCCGAGUGAGUGUUUUCGCUGGGUGGUGUUGUUGUAGGGGUUGAUCGAGAGUGUGACAUAUAUGAGAUGAGAUGGUGUCCUAUUUUUUUACAUACAUCCCAUUGUACAAUCUUGAGGCUGGAUCGCAAUAUCGCAUAGUCCUUGUGGACCUAGAUCGGUUUUUCGCAUCUACAAAAACAGAUUCAUCCA